UUAAAUUUAAAUUUUUUUUCCGCAUGUUGUUUUCAGGGAAAGGUCGUCGCAUUAUAUUUUUCAGCUCAUUGGUGUCCACCAUGCCGACAGUUCACACCUUUUCCGAAAUUCCUUGUGAUUUUAAAUAUAGUGCUGAAUUUUCAGGAUUUCUAUGAGGACGUUGGCGAUGAUGAAUUUGAUAUAGUUUUUGUAUCAUUCGAUCGAACCGAAGAUGAUCUAAAAGAAUAUAUGGCUGAAGCUCAUGGCGACUGGUAUUAUAUUCCUUUUGUGAUGUUUUGUUACAUAUGUUUUGGUUAA